GCGGCCGAGCGCUCAGUCGAGCGAGUACCUCCGCUCGGAAACGUCGCUCGGUUGGCCUGGGAGAAGAGAGACAGAAGGGGUGUGUGAGAGACAGAGACAGAGAGAGAAGAGAAAUUUCAUUGACUGGGGUGAGGAGCCUGCUUGCUUGCACCUGGCCAGCCCGGUUACUUCAGCGUCGAACGUCUCUCAGCCUGAUGCUCGCGGUCGCUGUGAUGCGCGAGUAGCAAGACCUUCUCCCGGAGACGCCGCUUCGUCCUCGCCGCCGCCGCCGCCGAGCAGGCCCUUCGUCGUCUCGUCCUACGACGCGUCCAGGAGGCCCUCCAGAUACCCGAGAAUACCCCUCCCUGUUCCUAAUCCUAAGCCUCCUUCAGCAUGGGCAUGACCUGGUACCACAUGGUGGCCGCGUGGCUCCUGGCGUGGGUGGCGCUCGUCAUCGUUUCGCAGCGGUCGUGGGCGGUCUCGUGGCUCGCCCUGGGUCUUAUGGCCGCCCACAUCGGCGACUGGGCGAUGAAGGCGGCGAUGAACGCCAUGCCGAGGAAGAACAUCGACGGCAACGGCAAGGCGGUGCUCAUCACAGGCUGUGACUCCGGCUUCGGGAGGCUGCUGGCAAUAAGCCUCGAUAAACUGGGCUUUAAGGUGUACGCCGGGUGCCUCCAGCCCGACGGCACCGGCGCCACCUCGCUCAAACUCGAGACCUCGUCGAAGCUGACGGUGGUGAGCCUCGACGUCACGAAGGAGGACGAGGUGCGAGCCGCCUACAAGUUCAUCGAGGACGACCUCGGGAGUCUAGACCUGUGGGCCGUCGUGAACAACGCCGGCAUCGCGGCCUUCACGGAGAUCGAGUGGUGCCCCAUCGCCGAGUACCGCCGCGUCUACGAAGUCAACUCCCUGGGCCCCAUCCGCGUCACCAAGACCUUCCUGCCGCUGCUCAGGAAGUCCAGCGGCAGGAUCGUGCUCGUGGCGUCCCUGGCAGGACGCUACACCUUCCCCGGCUUCACGGCCUACAGCAUGAGUAAGCACGCGACGGUCUCCUUCGCCGACGGACUCAGGUUGGAGAUGCAGAAGUGGGGCAUCACCGUCCACACCGUCGAGCCUACACUUUACAGGACGCCCAUUAGCCAGGAAGGACCCAUCCACCGCGCCCUCGACAGGUUCUGGGAGGAAUGCCCCGAGGACGUGAGGAAUUCCUACGGCGACGAAUACAUGAAGGACUUUAAGACAACAAUCUCCGCCCACCUGAACCGAGCCAAGCCCUCGGAGAAGAUUAAGGAGGUCGUCGACGAUAUGGUGGACGCCGUGGCCGGGCAGGACCCCAAGAGCCGCUACGUACCUAGUGUGGUGACGCAGGUGAGAGCCAAGGUACUCUCCGCUCUGCCAGACAAAGUCCGCGACCACCUGUUCCUCAGCAGCCAACCACAGACGCCACCUGCGUAUGUUGCAGAACGCAAGAAGAAGCGGCUGCUGAUGGACCCACGCCCCAGGCCGGGCGUGCAGGGACCUCAAGGAGCAAGAAUAAAGCGAAUGUUCUCGAUGCCCAACUGGGACAAGAAGGACAUGACGCCCUCGCCCAAAUCCGAAACCAAGUUCAAAUUCUAGGGUACUUGUGGGCGGUGGGCGUGCCUCGUGGGCGGGGCUUGAGAAGGCCCUGCUUUUUGGCUGCUACAGGAGGAAGCGCGCAGGGUAGGAGGAGUUCAGACGGCGAAGGAGGAACCCGAGAGGUCCCUAGAGUUCGGGGGAUGGCGGCGUUCGUGAUGGCUCUGGAGAAGCAGUUUCGCAAUCAGGAUAUCGCUUGCGUUGUCAAGUGUUGAUUCUCACACAGGUGUUUGUGAUUAGAAUGUAUAUAAAACGUUCUGUUCAGGAUGGUCGUCGAGGACGGUUAUGUCAGGUACGGCGAACGUGAAACUGUUCAAUCACACUCUUCGAAAUACUGACCUUACAUGGAUGACAAUAAAACGAAUAGCGUAGCUACUAGAAAGUGGUGUAAAAUUCAUCGUUAACUGCCUCAGGCAUCAUUACUGUAAUUUCAGUGUUAUUUUUUCGGUGUUAGGGAGUGUAAUGGGUAAACAGAGGGCACGCAAGUCCUCUGUUUAUUGUCACGUGAAUUGUUAAUUUGUCUUACAAAACUUCGAAGAUUCAUUUCUUCCCCGAUAUCAUAUAAAUUCAUACAUCGCAGCACAUUCGUUCUGUAUCAGGUUUUCAUCCGAGUUCUCAUCUGUCAUGGUUCUCCGGAGGUACUUAAGGAAAGUGGAAAGCUAGACAGAGAUUGACGUGUCACUGUACAUAGUUUUGAUUCAGUCAGUUCAUCAUCAUUUUUUCAUAAAGAUUCAUUUUCAUUCAGUUAAAAGUUCACAAUAUGUAUAUUUUGCAAGAGUGUGAUUACUUUCAAUAUGGGUAUUAUUAUGCAAUGUAUUGAUAAAUGUUGAAUAUAUAAUUAUAUAUGUAAAA